GACACGUAUAGCUGAGCUGAGGUACAGACAAAAAGAAAAUAAUCUGUUAAAAACAUGUGACGACACAUCCCCAGUGUUAAGAGGCCCGCCGCGGAGUCAGCAGUAGCUCUGAACGUACAAACUGUUGAGGGUGAAGUAAAGAAAAAGAGAAGGUACUUUUCGAACAAGUGGCGCAUUGAUGACGAUGGGAAAACGAGGGAAUGGUUAGUCUACCUUCCUGGCGACCAGUCCAUGGACUGUGCAAACAAUUCGUUCGUUAGAGGAACAACUAACCUUAAAUUAGAGGCAAUAAAAGACCACAACUUUCAUAUCAAGUAUAUAUACAGCUGGCGAAGACGGGACCCCAGGAACAGAGUGUGGUAAUAAAGGCUAUCUGCUCUAUGCAAUCGGCGCAGUUGGACCAAAUGAGAAUUCUAUUCCUGAAAUGUCCAUGCGAUCGGCAGAAAGGGCAGACCUUUUCGGGACUACGUUUGGAUGUGCAAACCUGGACCCAGGCUUAGGGCAUGCCUAGAAAAUCCAGCAGACACCUUUGAGGGUGCUACCUUGGCAGCACCCAGAGAUAACCUCUCCCUGGCUCAUGUGAACUCCACAAAGCACAAGCUGAUAGACACAUUUUGCUGCAGUAUGGCAACACAAUUUUGUGACUUCAGCUCUGGAGUACUACAUGCUUCCAAACUGGUGGAUAUCACGAGCUGGCCUGAUGCAGAUACAUGUGAAGAUUUUGGAGAUGCAUAUGUGGAGUGUCUUAUAAAGCACUUUGGUCCACUAUUGGCCUCCUCUGGGGCCGAUUUGGAUCUGAUUACAGACCAGUGGACAUUCCUCAAGAGCAGAUUGUACCAGCAGCAUCCGAACAUGGACCAGCUGAUCUGGCCAGAGAUAAAUCAGAGACUGGGAGGCCAGUGGCCUGAUUUCCUUCAGCUUGUCGAUGUAUUACUGUGUGUUCCAGCCUCCACAGCACACUGUGAACGGGGUUUCAAUUUGAUGAAACAAGUGAAGAGUGACUGGAGGUCAGGUCUGAGGUCAGACACACUAUCUGACCUGCUCACAAUCCAGCCCUGACAUUGAAGACUUUGAUCCCAUCUCAGCCAUACAGCUGUGGCCAGCGUCAGAGUGAGAAGAUAUAUUCUCCGAGACUAUAGUGGGGAAGAACGUGUUUUGGUGUUUUAAGCCCCCAACGUCGCCUUCCAGGCAGCGUGGCAAUGGUUAUGUUUAGGGUUAAGGUUAGGGUUAGCUGCCUGGAAAGCGACGUUCUGAAGGUCCAGAAAAGUGAAAAAUAUCGUCAAUCGUUGUAGUCACCAUUCCACUACUCCUUUGUUAUUGUCUCUGCAGGUCACUUUCAUUGCUGGCUUCAAUCUAAAGGUAUAAUGCUGAACCCAUUAAAUUAUCAGUUAAAGCUGGAAUAUUUUUACAGGAUAAGAUGAUGAAUAACUUGAUUGAACAUUGUAAACAUUGUAUUCACAGGUGUAAGUAUUUAAAGGUCAAACCCACAUCAACGGUUGGAAAAAUGAGCAAGAUUUUUGCUACAUCUCUUCAAUGCAUGAUAAAGGAAAACACCAAGAGACUCUUUUAUUUGUUGGACUUACAUUCCCUGCUUGACUAAAAAGACCUCCGGUAUCUUUAUUUUUUUUUAUUUGUUAUGUUUUGUUGUAUAUAUUGUCUCCACCUCAAA